AUGAGUUUUGUGGAACAUGCAUCACCGUACCACCAAUAUCAGCAGUCUCCGUCGCAAAUGGCUGCGGCUAGCGCUAUCGGCUCACCACCUGACCAAAUGAAUCCUCAGACGUCUCAUGUCGGUCCAAAUGUGAAUCCAAUUCAGGGCACUACAAAAUUGUCAAAUUCUCUGAACGAAUGGUUCGAACAAAUGAUUGAGAUGCGACGUCUAAAAGCAUUGCUCUGUCAUGCAGCAUUUUCGUCAGCACUCUAUUUGCUGUUUGCGUGUGUGUUGCAAAUUUCUUUGGUUCACCCGAUUGGCACCAUUUAUGGUUAG